UAGGUCGUUCAGUCGUUAGAUACACGCGCAUCGUGUUUUCUAUCCAUAAUAAAACUUUACAAAAUGUGCGAUAAAAACGAAAAAUCUUUGAACUUCCACCAAAUGGAAAUAGAUGAAAGGAUUUUGAAGGGAAUUGCAAAGCUUGGUUGGAUUCGCCCUACCUUGAUUCAGGAAAAGGCUAUUCCAUUACUAUUGGAAGGUAAAGAUGUUCUUGUUCGCGCUCGCACCGGAUCAGGAAAAACAGCAGCAUUUUUAAUACCCAUCAUUCAAAAGAUUCUCUUGAGUAAGCAAAGUUCGAAUAUACAGAAAAUAAGUGUUGUUAUUUUAGUACCUAGUAAGGAUCUCUGCCAUCAAACAGUAAAAGUAAUGAAUGACCUUACAAUUAAAUGUGAUCGAUUGAUUCGAUAUGUUGAUCUAUCCGCUAAGAUGGAUAAAACGGCCUUGAAGCACAUGUUGACUGAACGCCCAGAUAUUAUUGUGUCAACGCCAGCAAAAAUAGCCAAUGAGCUGAGAGAAGGCAAUCUAAAUAUUAAAGAAAGCUUACACACUUUGAUAAUAGAUGAAGCAGAUUUGAUGUUUUCAUUUGGAUUCGAGAAUGAUUUAAAAUCGUUACUCAAAUAUUUUCCAAGUGUGUACCAGUCGAUUUUAUCAUCUGCCACAUUAGAAAAAGAUGUAAUAAGUUUAAAGAAAAUAGUCCUUCACAAUCCAAUCACCCUAAAACUUGAAGAACCAGAUAUGGCACCAGCCUCGCAGCUAUCUCACUAUCACAUUCUAGCGGAAGAAUUGGAUAAAGCAGCUGUUUUGUACACCUUGUUCAAGUUGCAGCUUAUUAAAGGAAAGAGCAUAAUUUUUGUAAAUUCGAUAGAUCGAUGCUAUAGAUUAAAGCUGUUCCUAGAGCAAUUUGCCAUACGUGCCUGCAUUCUAAACUCCGAAUUACCGGUCAAUGUGAGAUGUCAUACUGUAAACCAAUUCAACCAGGGUUUGUACGACAUCAUAAUUGCAUCCGAUGAGAUCCACAUUUUAGACCCAAAAGUAAAGUUAAGAAGACAACAGAAAAGAACUAUGAUGAAACAAAUACCAAAGCAGAUUGAUGCAGAAGCUGGAGUUUCUCGAGGAAUCGAUUUUCAAUUCGUAUCCAACGUGAUCAAUUUUGAUUUUCCGGAAAAUGUCAAUGCGUAUAUACAUCGUGCUGGAAGAACCGCUAGAGGAAACAGUGUUGGAAAUGUACUUUCUUUUGUUAAUGCGGAAGAGAAACCAUAUCUGUAUAAAGUGCAUGAAUAUUUAAAAACUGGUUUAGCUACAGAAGAAGAUAUUAUGAAAAAUUAUUCCUUCAAGAUGGAAGAAGUUGAGCCAUUUCGGUACCGUGCAAGAGAUGCUUGGAGAUCUGUAACUAAGUUCUCGAUUCGAGAAACUCGCAUCAAAGAAAUUAAGACCGAGUUGAUGAAUUCAGAAAAAUUGAAGAGUUUUUUUGAUGAAAAUCCGCGUGACCUACAAGCAUUAAGGCAUGAUCGAACUCUUCAUACAAUCAAAAUCCAGGAACAUCUUAGCAGUGUCCCAGAGUACAUACUCCCGAAUUCACUAAGGCAUAUAACAGGAAUUUCUACUGGUGUCAGCAAGAAAAGCCAUAGCUCUAGUAAAAAAAGAAGUAAUGAGGUGAUAAAGAAUCCCCUUAUGGUUGCUGGGAUAGACUAUGCAAAAAAAAGACGUGCAUAACGAAUAAAACGCCGUAUUUCUGA